AUGGUUGGGUCGCCAAUGCGAGCGAUGCGGCUUGAGCCUUCGCGUAUCGCAGUCAACAGCUUGGGGAAAUACGUUGCAGAUUGUCCGUCUCCAUUCGCCAAGCACAGGGAAUCGUAUCAGAGGCAGAAUCAAGGGUUCCUGACAUCACUACGCGUUAGAAGUACCGCCGCAGACUUUCGAAACUUACUCGCCGUUAUUCUUCCUCGAAUGCAUCAAGGGCGUCGCUUCUUCUACGCUCUCGUUGACAAUGAACUACGCGAAUACGCUGACACAAUCUCCCUCAACAAUCUCGCUCAAACCGCGUGUCUUCGUCGAUACAGUCUAUGCAACUCUCGUCGACCCUGCUCAGUAAUUGACGUUCCUGUUACUUCCGGAGAGGCCGAGACAUUGCUGCGUCAAAGUUUCUUACUAAGAGUCGACGACUUGAUGCAGCUUCUGUGUACUGCUCCCAGUUCGAUUGACAAGCAAAAGUGGAUGAUAGAGCUCACCCAGGCGGCUGCACUCGGCUCGGUUUCGAUCAACGUCCAGUCCACUCGACCAGCUAUCGCUGCCACUCCACCUACCAAUCCAUCAGCACUAGCAGCAGUCAUUGAUGCAUUUAAAGGCCGUCGAAGACCCACAACAAUCGACCGCAAACGCUCGUCCAUUGUCGUGCCCAAGCCCAAGCCUGACGACACGCUGCAAGUCGAAUAUCGCAUCAGUUGA